AUGACAGAUGAUAUUCCUAAACCAAUUGCAUUUCAACCAAUUGAUUUAUCGUUUGUUUUUUGUAUCCAAAUGAAUAAAAUAGUUAAUAUAACAACUUAUUACAAUAGAACUAUUUAUAGUGAGAGUUGUUCAUACACUUCAGAACGUAUGACUCCUAUGAAUAUUCUUAUUCCACCAAGAGACAAUUCCCCACUUGGAUUUGAUGAUACUAGUUUAUCUCAAAGUAAUUCAAAUAGUAGAAUAAAUAGUAGAACAGGAAGUAGAAGAACAGACUUACUGUCACCAUUAGACUUGUUUAAUACAAAAUCAGGUUUAGAUGUUUAUGAUGACUACUUCAUUUUCCAAUAA